AUGCUGAGCACUGAAGUGAUCACUCCAGUCAUCGAUGUGUGCGUGAUGUUGAUUAUGCUGCCGUACAUUGAGUGGGUAAUGCUGGGCAUUGCAGCAGUGUACGGAAUGCGGAUUGUCGCAUUUUGCGUAACUCAGGUGGCGAAACAUGUCGACGAGAUGCCUGUGUCUUCUGAAACCUCCGGCACGUCCGAAUCUGCAAUUGAGGAGGAGGCCGUGAACAACGAGAGCUUUGCCCAAGAGGAGGAGGAUAGAGAUAGCAAGGAGGCAGGUGUUCUCGAGAGACCUCUGUUCUCCACUCCUGAAAUUCUAGUCAUGCCUCCUUCUAUUGAUGUGUUUGCGUGUGCAUCACCACUUCCGCGUGAAGCACAUGAAGCCAGCCUCCGUGAUCACGGUUGCACCAAGUCUCUGUCCGCCGCUGAACGCAUCGGAUACAAAUUCGAGGUGAAUGAAAUUGUGCACUCACAAUUGGACAGAGACGCGACAGGCAACGACACCAUUGGCGCUAAUUGGUCAGUGGGACGUCGUGAUCGACGACGUGGUGAUGGUGACAAGGAAUUCAAUUCCAACAACGAAAUGCCAUGUCGUGGAUUGCUUGCCAGUGAGUUUGUUCAUACAAUGGAGUAG